AUCCUGUUCACUGCUCUCUGCCAUACUGAUGCUUAUACUUGGAGCGGAAAGGAUCCUGAAGGUCUUUUUCCAUGUAUUCUUGGUCAUGAAGCUGCUGGGAUUGUAGAGAGUGUUGGCGACGGUGUAACUGAAGUUAAGCCUGGAGACCAUGUCAUACCUUGUUACCAGGCAGAAUGUAGGGAAUGCAAGUUUUGCAAAUCAGGGAAGACAAAUUUAUGUGGCAAAGUUAGGGCUGCCACUGGAGUUGGAGUCAUGAUGACUGACCGUAAGAGUCGUUUCUCCGUCAAUGGAACUCCCAUUUAUCAUUUUAUGGGAACUUCGACAUUUAGUCAGUACACUGUUGUCCAUGAUGUUAGUGUUGCAAAGAUUGAUCUAAAUACCCCCUUGGAGAAAGUGUGCCUUCUUGGUUGUGGUGUUCCCACUGGUCUUGGAGCAGUUUGGAACACAGCAAAGGUAGAACCAGGUUCCAUUGUUGCUGUUUUUGGCCUUGGGACUGUUGGCCUUGCAGUGGCAGAGGGCGCGAAAUCAGCUGGUGCUUCGCGAAUUAUUGGUGUCGAUAUUGACAGCAACAAGUUUGAUAUAGCAAAGAAUUUCGGGGUCACUGAAUUCGUAAAUCCAAAGGACCAUGACAAACCAAUACAGCAGGUUAUUGUUGAUCUUACAGAUGGUGGUGUUGACUAUAGUUUUGAGUGCAUUGGGAAUGUCUCUGUAAUGAGAGCUGCUUUGGAGUGCUGUCACAAGGGAUGGGGUACCUCUGUUAUUGUGGGUGUUGCUGCUUCCGGUCAAGAGAUAUCCACUCGGCCUUCCCAGUUGGUGACUGGCCGUGUUUGGAAAGGAACAACAUUUGGUGCAAACACACUGGUCCACCACAACUGGGACCUCAUUUUAAUCCAUGACCUGAUCUGAGGCAAUCAAGACACC